AUCCCCACCUUCUUUAAUAAAAUUUGGGCAACAUGGUCGUUGAGUGGAUUUUGGGUGAUUUGAAAAAACUUAACAAAAGACAGCUAUACUAUCAGUUCCUUAGUCUUGGAAUGAUAGUGUCCUCAGCUCUCAUGAUAUGGAAAGGAUUGAUGGUUGUCACUGGUAGCGAGAGCCCUAUUGUAGUCGUAUUGAGUGGUAGCAUGGAGCCAGCAUUUUUUAGAGGUGACCUUCUUUUUUUAACAAAUUAUGAAGAGGAUCCAAUAAGGUCUGGAGAGAUUGUUGUAUUCAAAGUAAAGGACAGAGACAUACCAAUAGUACACAGGGUACUAACAGUGCAUGAGGAGUAAGUGGGAGAGAGA